UUCUCCUUGCCCCUGAUGGUCUUCCUGAUUGCAGUGAGCGGCAACACCCUCACCAAUCUCCUCAUCUGUGCAGAUCCCCCGCUUCAUACACCCAUGUACUUGCUGCUCAGCCAGCUCUCCAUUAUGGAUCUGAGGUAUGUCUUCACAACCGUCCCCAAGAUGGCUACCAACUAUGUAUCUGGCAAGAAGUCCAUCUCCUUUGCCGGCUGUGUGACCCAGCACUUCCUCUAUUUGUCUGUGGCUGGUGCGGAGUGUCUCCUCCUAGCGCUCAUGUCCUAUGACCGCUAUGUUGCCAUCUGUCAUCCACUGCAUUACACUGUUCUCAUGAACAGAAGGGUGGGACCGAUGAUGGCUGUCAUGUCAUGGUUGGGAUCAUCCAUAAACUCCCUAUUUCACACAGUGUCCUUGAUGCACUUCCGUUUCUGUGGGCCUCUAAAAAGCCGCCCUUUCUAUUGUGAGUUUCCGGCUGUUGUGAAGUUGGUACGUGGAGACAUUACUGCUUAUGAGACCACUGUGUGGGUCAGCAGUGUCCUGCUGCUCCUCCUCCCCAUCUUUCCAAUUUAUACAUCCUGCAUCUUCAUCCUCCAUAGUGUCACUCAGAUGCAUUCAGCUGGGGGUAAGAGAAAUGCCUUUGCCACUUGGAGCUCUCACCUCACUGUGGUUUCCCUCUGGUUUGGUGCCUACAUAUUCUCAUAUAUGAGGCCCAGGUCCAAGCACACGCCAUUGCAAGGCGAAGUUGGUUCUGUGUUCUAUAGUAUCGUUACUCCCACACUGAAUCCUUUAAUGUAUACUCUCUGGAAUAAGAAUGUAGCGAAGGCUCUGAGGAGAGUGCUGGGGAGAGAUGUUAUCACUUAAAGACAGCAAUUGCAGUUGCUCUGAGUGUAAGAGAGGAAUGGGAUAACCUCCUCGGAUUGAUCUGGGCAAGGCCCUAAGAGUUUUCAAGGGUCCAUAUCCCUGAUGACUGCUGCAUAAAUGAAGUGGUCAACACACAAUUCCAGUCUUCUAACUUGGUCUCAGGCCUCCAAGCACUAUAGAGUACUUACCUUAGUCCAUUCGGGCUGCUGUUACAAAAAUACCAUAGACUGGGUGGGUUAAACAACAAACAAUUUUUCACCAUUCUAGACACUGAGAAGCCCAAGAUCAAGUCUUGAAAGUGGU